GGAUUUGCAAUUAUUUUGCUUUGUUGCGCUUCAAAAAGAUAUUAUUGCAGAUUUUAUUCUUCCGUAUAUUUAUAUAGUCGUUGAUAUGUUUUCUUCAAAUAAUGAAGAUUUGCAUUGGUAACCGCGACAUCUGGUACGAUUUUCAAACCAGGUCGAGUCUUCUUAAAUUUCAAUGUUUCGCUGCAUAAGGAAGUAUAAUUAAUCAUUCUUUGCUUUAAACUAUAAUAUAUCCGCCAUAAUAGGUGAUACUUCAAAUAUAAGUAAAAGUGGACUAACUGAUGAAGAAAACAUGCUUCUGCUACAGAAGAACCUUUUCUUUACUGUUCUGGUCUUUAUGACUGGUUUAUACGGAGGAACAAAGAUCAAUGGAAUGGAUGAUUGUUUAACUGACGAAUCAUCAGUUAAACGUGAACACAGUCUACCAUACGUUCUUCCUGAUAAUAUGUCAAGAGUUAUUGUGAAUGACUUUUUGCAUGUCAUGAUAAAGAAUGAAACAUUUACGAAUAGUACCUGGAUGUCAAUAGAUUUCUUGGAUAUAACAGUGAAUCUCUAUGUGAAUUUACGUCUAUAUGACUACAACUUUUUCUCUCUCACUACUUUAAAGACACUCGGAAUACAUUCCCCUCGUUUAAGGUUUAACAAUGAGCAAAAUCAGAGAAAUAUUAUGUACGGAUUGACAACGCUGCACACAUUAAAUCUAUCGUCAUGUUCUAAUUUCAGUGCGAGAGGUCUUUUGUCAAUGCUUGAGACACAUAACCGCUUAGACGCAUUAAUUCUUGACCAGUUUGCCUCUACUGGUUCUCAUAAUUUUGAUUUUGAUCAAGCAUUUUUUGAAAUAAUUAGUAAAUUGGAAAUAAGGAAGUUAAGUUUAAGUGGAUGUAACUUACUAUUUAAGGGUCCAUUCCAGACAGAAAAUCGUUCGUAUCAUUUACAUGAUUUAGAUAUUUCAAAUACCACGCUGGUGAUCAGCAGUGACAAAUCAGAGCUAGACGUGCUAUUGAAAGGUUUACUGUCAAAAGUGAAAAGUUUAGAUGCAUCCCUUAUUCAGUCUAGAUUCUUUGAACUAGAUUAUAAUUUCCUAUCAAACAAAACAAUUAAUGUAAAAUGUAAUAACACUUACGAUAACUACAUAAACAGACUGUAUUUCAGAGUUGAAAAUUUGAAAUUAAAUGGAAUGAUUUCUAGAAGUAUGGAUAUAAACAAUUCUUUUGUCAACUUAACAAAGUGUAAUAUUAAUUUAGAAUCACUACAAUUAAGAUCUAAUAAGUUACAUAUUUUCAAUUCAACUAUACUGUGGCCAAGCAAAAUGCCCUUGUAUGAACUUGAUUUAUCUUUAAACGAUUUGGAAUAUUUAUCCCCUUUUGCCUUUGGAUCUGUCUUGUCGUUAAAAAUGUUCCAACUUGCUCACAAUAAACUGCAUCUUAUGACAUCCUUUGUAGAAUUUCGGUAUCUCUUCCUUACAUUCAAACAAUUAUUACACCUGGAUCUUUCACAUAAUCAGUUAAGCUGGUUACCUACCACAAUGUUUUCUAAUAAUAUCAACUUGACUGAACUAGAUUUAUCCCACAAUGAGUUCGCUUCAAUCAGUUUUGAAAUACGACAUCUAAUCAACUUACUUUUUCUGAACAUGAAAAGCAAUAAGAUACUCUAUAUUGAUGGUUCCGACUUGCGAAAUCUUGUUUUCCUGACACAUAAUAUGCCAAAACCUGUCGAAAUCAGUUUUUCUGAUAAUCCAUUGCUUUGCAAUUGCAAGUCAGAACCGUUUAUUACAUGGUUAACAAACAUAAAACGAAAAUAUACGUGUACCUUCGAUGGCAAUGAUAUUGCAGUUAAUGAUAAAGCAGUUGACGAAACAAGGUUUCUGUGUAUACGUUCAACAGUAGUGAAAAUUUCAGUGUCAGCAGGUAUAGCAAUUCUCUGCAUCAUCUCUCUAGCUAUUACGUUCAAUGUAUACAGGAAACGAAAACGAGAAAUAGUACGAAAAAGGGAAAAUUUUCUAGAAGAUUUUAAAAACGGAUUAGUAGAACAGAAGUUUUUAUGCUUUUUAUCGUUUUCCAGUGAAGACGAAGGACCUACCAUCAGUCUAAUUUAUGAAAAUCUAAGAGAAUCGUUGAAAGCAUUGACGGGAAUAGAGGAUAGAGGGGGAAGUAGUAUGUUUUGGUGAUCAGCAGAUAAAUCCAGGAUUUCCAAUCGUUGAUGAAAUAUUACGAUGUAUUUCAGAUAGUUGUGUUGCAGUUUUUGUGAUUUCAAACAGAUUCUGCGAAAGCCACUGGUGUCAGAUGGAAGUUCGCGAAGCCUACGAACUUGAGAAACCCAUUAUUCUUAUUUGCAAAGAGGAUAUUGACUUAACAAUUAUGCCACCUUUAAUAUUGAAAAUAUUUAGACAGUUUACACGAGCCAAACUCGUUACUAAGGAAAAUGGUCAAAUGGAACUUGUACCAGACUUCGAUAAUCUUUCCAGUUCCAUUCUCAAACAUGCAGCCUUGCGGUACGAAGAAGGUAUUUACUAGUUCCAUUCUUCAUAAAAUGCUGCAUGUCAGUAGGGAGAGAAAGGAUUAAUUAGUUUAAUUGUACAACGUGUGGUGUGGCAAUGUAAUGAAUGUAUUAAUUUGCUCCACACGUGACGGUUCGAAGAAUGAAUUAUCAUAUUAUGUUUGAAACAUGCAUCUUGGUAGGAAAAGGAUGUACUGAUUAGUUCCGUUCUUUAGCAUGCAGUGAGAUGGAAAGAAGAGCAGUUUGAUUAAAACUUAAUACUCUUCAUGUACUUAUAGGAACGAAACCGUCAUAAUAUAUUCUAUGUGGUCUUGAAUAGUUAUUUCAUAUCAUUAGCAUUAAAAUAUUGGCGCAAUAUUUUCUUAUGAAGUAUUGAUUAAUAAUGAUGGUAAAUAUGUUUGUAUUACAACCGUAUAACUUUCAUGCUGAAAAGUUAUUUCAAAUUGUUUUGUUUGGCUUUCUCAUAGGCCUAGGUAUUUAUAUUAUACCGUGAGAUAUAUUCAUGUGUCAAAAUAUUAUUAUAUUAAAAGGUUCACUUUGGUUAUAUAUACAAAUCGGGCUUUGUCAGGGUAAUAGUUCCUGUAAUAAAUCCUAUAUCUCUCAGCUAUAUUAAAGAUUCAUCUUCAAAUGUAAAAAAAAGAUAUCAGCAAGAAAAGGUAAUUUUCAACAAAAUUCCAACGUGCGGCAGUGGCCUUUUUUAAUUUUCAGUCAGGAGAUACAAAAUUUACUGUAUUUUAGAUGUUUGCUUGAAAUGUUUGCUGAUAAUGUUUGAGAUGUUAAAAAUUUUAAACGAUAGUUAAAUGAAAAUAAAAAAAUGUGUCCACCACG